AUGGUCGCCCCCCAAUCUCCCACCUCUCCCAAGCGGAGUCGUGGGUUCAGCAUCAAAUCCGACAAGUCGAACCAAUCUGGCUCACCAGGCCACAAACGCGGACUGUCAGAGUCCUCGGAGGAGAAAUCCCGUCGCAAUCUACACACCAAAGCCGAUCCCUUGGUCGCCAUGAACGAACUCCAGCCCAUGGCGGUGGCCCUGGAAAAGUCGAAUUUGGGCUCCCUUCGUGAGAUUGAGCAUAAAGAUCAAUUUGGAAAUGUCAUCUCCGAUCCUGACCUGUCAAACCCCACCCGGCCACGUUUGGAGCGCCCUUUGGAUACAAUCCGAUCGUUUGAGGCGGCCAUCUACGGAUCAUACACCAGUAACCGUGCAUCAUAUGCCAGAACAGAUGAUGCUGGAUCACAGAUGGGCGAUUACAGCCGACGAACAAGCUACUAUGGAGGUCAAAACGGUCCUUCCAACAGGAAUUACGAUCAAAGCAACUACUACGGAGGACCUCCAUCGCGCCCAGAUAGCAUCGUGAACGCCUAUCAGAACGCUCCCCAAUCGCCCGAGAACCCCUACCAGAACGGAUACGGUCAGAAUGGGGGUAGAAAGCCAUCCAGACAUCCGCGCGGGUCCCCCACCGACGGCUACCGUAAUAAUGUCAACUACUCGCAGUACGACUAUCCACAGGGCAAUGGUCAGCGCUCAUAUGACAACGUGAAUGCCAUGUCCAAUGGAUCCGGCAACACAGAUUCUUACGGCCACUCCACCGACCCCAGCUCGAUGAACAGCUCCUAUGACCAGUUGCAGCAGCAGGCCCUGCAGCAACAGCGUCUUGGCGAGCGUGCCCAAGCUGAGUACGGUGUCAACGGACUCACACCCAGGACACAGCCAGGGGAUCCGAGCUUGGGCGGACCCGUCGGUGGAGGUGCAGGAGCUGUGCCUGCAGCAGCUCCCCCGCGUAAGGCCUUCAACCAGAUCCCACCUCCGCCCAAGGAAGAUAAGCGGAAGAGCUGGUUCAAGCGCCGGUUCAACAAAGACUAA